GGUUGAACUCGACUGAAGAAAUGCCCGAGGUGCAGAAACCCGCUCCUAAGAAGGGCGCCAAGAAAGCUUUGCCGAAACCCGCAGGCAAAGUGGGCAAGAAGCGCAGGAAUUCGAGAAAGGAGAGUUACUCCAUCUACAUCUAUCUUGUUUUGCGUAAUCUAGAAAGUGAUGAAGCAUGUUCCCCCGACACCGGCAUCUCGUCCAAGGCCAUGAGCAUCACGAACUCAUUCGUCAACGAUAUUUUCGAGCGCAUCGCUGGUGAGGCUUCCCGCCUGGCUCAUUACAACAAGCGCUCGACCAUCAGCUCCCGGGAGAUCCAGACCGCCGUGCGCCUGCUGCUGCCCAGGGAGCUGGCCAAGCACGCCGUGUCGGAAGGGACAAAGGCGGUGACCAAGUACACCAGCUCCAAGUAAAGACCGACGAACUGCAGACAAGACUAACCGAAAACCAAAGGCCACCCACAGUCUCAUUGAAAGAGUUGUACUCAUAUUUGGAAAUCGAAUUGCAGCAGAAUUGUCUCUUUCCUUCCGGGAAUUAUUCACAUUCUGAUAAAGCUGCUCACAUUCUGGUAUCCCUGCUGCAUACCUGAUCACCAAACUGACAUGAAAACUUAACCCCUUCACCUCAGCUUGUCCCGGUCAAAAUGAUUGCUGCGGGGAAUGCAGUUUAUUAACGUU